AUGGCCUGGACUCGAGCCAUCCUCUACUCUGCUCUCAGCAGUUACCUCUGGCAUCCAGCAAACGCUAAUUAUGUGUGGCCAAAUGAAGAAAUCGACGAGCUCGAGAGGAUAUUAUUCGAACAAGACAGUAUUUUUGGCCAGCCUGGCAGCGACCUGGCCUCAUUUGUCUCAGGCUGUUCUGGGUUUGGAGACGGCCCCCAAGGCGGAGAGCGCAAUUUCGGCGCCGAAUGGCUGAGAACUGCCUACCAUGACAUGGCUACGGCAGAUGUGAAUGCUGGAACCGGCGGUCUGGACGCUUCUAUUCUGUUCGAAACGGAUCGUCCUGAGAAUCCUGGAAAAGCAUUUUCGGAAACUUUUGGCUUUUUCAGUGCCGUCCACUCUCCUCGAUCAUCGAUGUCUGAUUUAUUCGCGAUGGCCGCGGUGAUUGCAGUCGGUUCAUGCUCGAAUGGAAAAGUCAUCAUCCCCUACAGGGGCGGCCGCGUUGAUGCAGCUGGUCCAGGUCCAUCGGGCGUCCCGCAGCCACAAGAAGAUCUUGCUUCACAUACGGCAAGUUUUGCUAGGCAGGGCUUUGAUGUGACUGAGAUGAUUCAACUGGUUGCCUGUGGGCAUUCCAUUGGAGGUGUUCAUGGAGUGGACUUUCCGGAAAUUGUCCCCAAUCCUCCCAACACAGGCACCGACAAUAUGGUGACCUUUGAUACAACAAAUAACGAUUUCGACAAUAAGGUUGCCAAGGAAUUUGUCGCCAAUAACACUCAAAACCCACUUGCGUUUGGUCAAAACGAAACAACACGAUCGGAUUUCCGUAUUUUCAACGCAGACGGGGGCAAAGUCAUCUCUCAGCUAGCAGAUUCCAACGAUUACUUUCUUAGCACAUGUACCACUAUGCUGGAGCGCAUGAUCAACACCGUGCCUCGCAGCGUAAAGCUAACGGACAUCAUUAAACCUAUCGCCGUCAAGCCCAGAAACCUCUUUAUUACUCCUAAUGCUGAUGGAACGCUGUAUGUGAAUGGCUUUAUUAGGAUCGCCAAUACUACAGCUGAUGCCAAUAAGAGUCAAGUCUUCAUCCACCCCAAAUCGCGCUCUGGCAAACUUCUACCAGUGGCCACUGCAACCACGAAGAAAGGGAUGAGUGGUGGUUGUGAUUAUCCCAAUUGUGGUCCAGAUUUCAUUUUCUACAUGUUCAACACAACAAUUUCAGCUGAAGAUGGCAUAUCGUCUUUUACCAUUGAGAUUCAAAACGACGCCGCUGGGAAAACUUCGCAAUUCGACAAUGGAGGCUCUGGAUUCCCUUUUUCAGAUGCCCUUCAACCAUUGUUUAGCUUGUCUAACCAGACCGAGUCCGUUGUUGAUAACGUCGUCUAUAACCAGCUGAAUGUGACCGCUUUGGUCUUGAAUGCUGAAGACUUCUCUGAUAUCUCGCUUAUCAUUAAUGUGCCUGUAAACCUUACUGCACCAAUCAGCCCGUGGACUCAAAGCAAAGUGUCGAUGAAGCCUUUGAGCAAGGUUCCAGGAACCAAUCACACUCUAUACACUGGUAGUUGGAAGGCUGCAUCUGCCGCAGGAACGGUUCCGUUCGAUAUUGUUGCUACUGGAAAUAAAAGCACUGUUUCGAGUUUGUUCAAUUCGUGGGAUAAUGUUCCGCAAUUUUUUGAUGAAUGA